AUGCAUUUCGCCAAGUACGCCUCGUUCAUCGGGGCUCUGGCCGGCUUCGCCCAGGCAUCGCCGGCCCCCUUCAGCGUCGUCAACACCCCAGCCAACGCAAUCGUUGCUCGUUCAGCGGCAAUGGACGGCGACUUGGAGGCUCGCUCAGUCUUCUGGCCUUCCAAGUUCCGCCUGCGCAACAGCUGGGAAAAUGUGGUCCUUUUCAGCGGCAACGCUGGCAACAACCUAACGCUCGACCUGGGUCUCCAUAAGGCCGCCAUUUCGGGCGACAUUUCGCUGAAGAUGACACACAAGCUGUCCAAGGAGCCCACAUUGUUGGUUAAGCUCGGUGGGCUCAAGGGCUACUUCCAGGUCGACCUGGAAGCUUCCGACGCAACCUAUGAGACGGUCGAGCUCGUCAACUCCGGUCGUCUCAACAUCGACAUUCCCGGUUUCAGCGGCGAAGCUGGCACGGCUUUUGCCCUUGAUCUUAUUGUUGGUGUUUCUGCCCCAUUGGCAGUCCGCGGAGGCUUCUACUUCAGCUUUCCCAAAGACUCGUUCGUUGAGAUCUCCAUCCACAGCAAGGAGGUCGUCCGCCAGUCCCUCGAUGGACUCGUCGCUCAGCCGCUCGACAUGGUCCUCGGCGCGUCUGUCGAUCUGGACUCGGCUGUCGAGUUGACCAUGGGCCUGCGCAUGCGUUCUGCCGUCGGUAUGAGCGCUAAGGUUGACAUGUUCCACGUCGACAGCGGCGUAGACGUCAUCCUGUGGCUCGAUCUCUUUUCUUACACCACCACUAUCGGCCGCAGCAAGAUCUGCUCCGUCUUCCUCGAGGAGUCUUUUGCCAUGGGUUAUGGUCUCGCUACUGAGGCCUCCAAGGGUGUCGCCAAGGCCCUGAAGCUUGAGGUUGCCCCGAUGGUCUUUGUCACAAUUUCGAGGGCUCGUCUUGUCGGCUUCUGCCUGAUCAACGUCGGUCCCAUUCCUGGUGGCCUUCCCUCUGGCCCUGGCUCUCGUAACGGCACAUCUGGUGCUGGCAACAGCACAUCCCCUGGCUCUGGCAACGGCACGUCCCCUGGCUCUGGCAACGGCACGUCCCCUGGCUCUGGCAAUAGUACGGCCCCUGGCUCUGGCUCCGGCGCCUCCUCUGGCGCCGGAUCCGGACAACGGAACGGAACCACUGGUGCCGGUAGCAGCACCGCCCCAAGCGCUGGCUCCGGCUUCAACAACCACACUCUUACCCAUUCCACUGCCACCGGCCAGAUCACCGCUGCUCCUUCUGGAUACACCACCUCGACCAUCACCGAGACCAAGACCUACACCAUCACGUCGUGCGCAGCCAAGGUCAAGAACUGCCCGGCCUCGCUCACCCAGCAGAUUGUGACGUCGACCGUGAUCGAGACGACCACCGUCUGCCCCGUUGGCGAGACCACGACCCUCGCCACGACCGUCACACAGACCACGGACUGCGAGGUGCCCGAGCCCACCAAUGAGACCCAGGUCACCACAGUGACGAUGACCACCUGCCCCGCCGAGACUUCGUCCUACACGGAGCCCGAGGGCGUCAAGACCCCCGAGGCCCCCGUCGUCACGAUCACCGAGAAGCCCGCCUGCAACGCCGGCUGCCAGGCCACCAAGGCCCCUAAUCCCAUCGGCACCGGCGGCGUGUACCCGCCCCACACCGCAGGUCAGUCGGUGCCCUACCCGACCCAGCCCACCAACACCCAACACCCUGUCGGCGGCGUUCAGACCGGCGGCCUGCCUCCCAGGCCCACCUCACCCCCGGCCGUCACCACGGCCCCGCCUGUCAAGGCUGGCGCCGGCAGGAUCUCAGGUGGCUUGGCGGCUGUCGUGCUGUCCAUCCUUGCCACCAUCUUGUAA